AUGCCCCAGCCUAACACUCUGGCACAUUCUGAGAAUCCAGCCCACAAGACCAGGGGCAACAAGGGCAGAGGUGCACACAAAUGACUCAGGAGUGGCUGGAGACUCAGAGGAGGGUCUCAUGACUCACCACUCCAUCCUUCCGUGAGGAAACAUCAAUACUCAACAAGUCCAGUUCCGACAGACCCCUGAGAGUGAAGUCAUCUCAUGUGAAGAAGAUGGUUUGCUGGAGGGACUGUGUUCUACAGCAGCCUGACUGUUGUAUUGUGGAAAUCAAGUGUAAUGGAGGGCAGUUGGUGGGAACCAGUUUUCUCACUAAUGGAGCAGAGGGCGGCUACACUAACCACUGAACCAUGAAUGUCUCUCACUGCUGGAAGGUACAAAUGAAGGGGAAGAAGUUCAGAUGAUCCAUGGGAUGAUGCAAAAGAACUGCAGACGGCAUGAACUCAUCUGUAGACUGAGAGAGAUGGUCGUAAAAAGAAAUAUUUAUAAUCAGCCCUCUUCCUCAGCACUGACACUUUCAGUCUCAGCAUGAGAAACCCCGGAUGAACCAAAUGGAGACAUUCUGCACGCCACCUGACCAGGACAUGCCAAAAGGUGUCAGUGCCAUCAAAAGCAAGGGCCAUCUUGGAGACAUCCACUCUGCAGAGGACCCCAAGGAGACCUGAAAGUGGGGUGCAGUGUAAUGGACAGGAUGAGGCACUUUCCUGGUGAAGUUUUUCAAGCAGCAUCCAAAAGAUUCCUGAGCUGGGAUCCUUCCACUUUAGUGGAUGCAUCACUACCAACCAUGUCCAGUGAUACGGAGGAGGAGUCCUCAGAGCCCAGCACCGUGCCCAGCAUCUUUGGGGAAGAGGUGUUCACCAAGCAGUACACCAUCCUGAAGGCCUUAGGCCAGGGUGGCAGUGCGAAGGUCAUGCUGGCCCUGCACCGUCUCACAGGCGCCACAGUCGCGGUGAAGGCUCUGAUGAAGCAGGAGAAGCGGAGUGAGCCGCCAGCGUCUGAGGUCGACAUCAUGAGGAUGCUCAGACAUCCUAACAUUGUUUCCCUCCUGCAGGUGAUAGAGACAGAGUGGAACAUUUACUUAAUUAUGGAAGUGGCUGAGGGAGAACAGCUAUUUAAUCGUAUCCAAAAAUCUGGAUGCCUGAAGGAAGAUGAGGCUAGAAGCAUAUUAGUUCAGCUGUUUAGUGCCAUAGGCUACUGCCAUGAUGAAGGUGUUGCUCAUAGAGACCUAAAGCCUGACAAUGUCAUAGUGGAUGAGCAUGGGAAGGUGAAAAUUAUUGACUUUGGCCUAGGUGUCAGAUUCAGGCCUGGGCAAAAGCUGGAAAAGCCAUGUGGCACCUUCCAGUUCAUUCCUCCCGAAGUCUUCCUGGGCUUCCCUUAUGAUGGCCCCAAAGUAGACGUCUGGACCUUGGGGGUCCUCUUAUAUUAUAUGGUGACAGGGAUUGUCCCAUUUGCAGGGGCCACCUUGUCAGAACUCAGGGAACAAGUUCUGUACGGGAGGUAUGACAUCCCCUAUCAGCUUUCCAAAGACUUAAGGAGCAUGAUCAGCCUAUUACUAACCGUGAAUUCGAGGCAGAGGCCAACUGUGCGGGACCUCAUGGGCCACCCAUGGCUUCAGAAAGGGGAAAAGACGUUUACAAUUCAUUGCAAUGGAGACACCAGCUGCCUAGACCUUGAGAUUAUGGCAGCCAUGCAAAACAUUGGGUUUGACACCCAGGAUAUAAGACAAUCUUUAAAACACAGGAAGUUCAAUGAAACCAUGGCUGUAUACUACCUACUGAGAGGUCAGGCAUGCCAGGACUGUGACAGUAAUGUCCACACAAAGGUAAUGAACCCAGGGGCAACACCUUUCCCUUCUGUUGAAGACCCUGACAUGUUUUCCCUGCCCCUCAAGAGAAGGGCCAGUGAACCUUCUCUUCGGAUAUUAGUCUCACCCACAGAAAACCCUGAUCAGAGUCAAAGGAAGGAGAUGGAUGACCCUGACCUGCCCGAGAAGACACCCAAUCUGGGCAGAGGUCACAAGCGCUCUAUGACUGCGCCGUGUAUUUACUUACCAAGAGACAUUGUGAUUGAUGUGGAAGACACCAGCUUCUCCAGUAGCUCCCGGUCAGAAAAGGCCUCAAGUGGCCUGGAACAGAGCAGAACUUCAAUCUCAAGCUCCCUGCAGCUCAGAGGCUGGGCAGGAUGGAAGAAGAGGAUUCUGGCAUGCAUCCUCAGACUAUGCUGCUGCAUGUCAUCCCACAAAAGGUGUCCAAGGAAAGUGUACCCCCCAAAGUGAGGGGACACUGUGAUGACAAGAAGUGUGAGGCAUAGUCCAGGCUUUCUUCUGACUGGCCUCUCCAUCUCAGCACAGGCAGAAGCCCAGCCAAGCAGCAUGGAAGUCUAUCUUUUCCCAGUCUGCCUCUCAUUGGCUCCUGUUUCUGCCUGGUGUCCUAGUAUCCGGGUGACCUGACAUCAGAGGAAGACUGGGGAGUUCACAAUCAGACACACUGCCCUGCUUGUCAGAAAAGAAAAAGGAGGGAGGCUGGUGCUGCCCUCAAGACUUUCCAGAAAUGGACCACCCCGGACUUGAUGCUCCAGCUCGGGCUGGGAGCACAUUCCUGCUCCUUCCACUAAAACUCAACCUGCAGCUACAACCGAGGGGCUAGCUCCUGUGGAGGGGGUUACCUUCAGUUCUGCCCUCUGGGACCUGCUGCUUCUGGGAACUGCUCUCCACAGAGGACUGCUCUUCACUGGUUUUUGGGGGCCUCUGAACGAUGACAGCUGUAACUCUCCCAGUCUCUCUUGAAUGGCAUCCUGCUGCCACUGAGAGUAUUAGAGUUCCUACUUUCUGGGUUGUAUUUCUUUUGUGUGUGUGUGUAUGUCUGAAUGGUUGCUCCUAUGUUGGAAAUAAAACUCUCCCUCUUUUUGUCUCCCUUCA